GCAAUGAUAGGUGUUGGUGUUCUUGUUGUUCUUGUGGUGGUGAUGUGGCGUUUCCGGCAGCGAAGGAUAUCCAAAGAAGUGCCCCGCGUGCCGCUGCGGCGUGGACUGGCCGCCUCCUGGCGCGUCGGUGGCGAGGCAGCGAUCGGCGACAGCCGCGUGUAGCCGCCCAUGGGCCCCACCGUGCGCCCGCGUGUGGCGCCGCGGCAGCAGGAGCCCGACUACCUGUACUUCGGCGACGACGAGGAGCACAUCUACGACGAGUUCCCCGACCCUCUAAUCCACCAGGAGAUCCCUGGGCCUCCAAUCUACGAGGAGAUCCCCGGGCCUCCUAUUUACGAGGACAUCCCCGGGCCUCCAAUCUACGAGAAUAUCUCCGAGCAUCCACGCAGCCACGAGGCCGAAAACUUAGACUCCGAUGAUAGUGCUUACCUCACCUCGAGGCGAGCACCCCCGGGCACACCCUCAGGGCAUCCACCCAGCCAAGAGGCCGAAUACUUAGACUCCGAUGAUGUUGCUUACCUCACCCCGAGGCGAGCCCCCCCGGGCACACCCUCAGGGAUCACAGAGGGCUGAGGGCGUGCGUGAGACCCCGCUCCCGACGCACGGGGACACGGCUGCUGCCGCUCCCAGGCCACCACGCCACACAGGGGUAAGCACUGCAGGAUGAGGGCAACUAGGCGGCAGCACCGUGCCCUCCAGAAGAGCAGGGGGCAGCACCGUGCCCUCCAGACGAGCAGGGGGCAGCGCCGUGCCCUCCAGACGAGCAGGGGGCAGCGCCGUGCCCUCCAGACGAGCAGGGGGCAGCACCGUGCCAUCCAGACGAGCAGGGGGCAGCGCCGUGCCCUCCAGACGAGCAGGGGGCAGCACCGUGCCCUCCAGACGAGCAGGGGGCAGCACCGUGCCCUCCAGAAGAGCAGGGGGCAGCACCGUGCCCUCCAGACGAGCAGGGGACAGCACCGUGCCCUCCAGACGAGCAGGGGGCAGCACCGUGCCCUCCAGACAAGCAGGGGGCAGCACCGUGUCACACACACACACACACACACACACACACACACACACACACACACACACAAGUACAUUUUCCUGGACCGUAAAUUUUCCAAACGGCUCCAAUCACUAAUUCACAUUUUAUUCUUUUGUUCUUUAUUUGUUUGUUGUUUAUAGUGAUGGCGCGAAGGAGGAGGAAGAGGAGGAGGAGGAAGAGGAGAAGGAAGAG